CUCGAGCGACCCUACUUGACCUCGUCCCGGCCUCCGCUCUCUCCCGGUGGAUCUCCCAAGCCGAAUCGUUCCUUGACCUCUCGUGCGUGGCGACCCCGGGUCACAAUGGCGUCGGGGGUGACCAUGAUAGCGUUGACCUGCCUGGCCUUCCUGGUUGGGUCAUCCCUCGCUGACCCCAUCACUAGGUAUAAUCCGACGCGGCCUAAGGCUUUCGACUUCGCAGCGGACGCAGAACAGGUAGUGGGGGAAAUCCACGACAACUUCACUUGCGACAACCGAGAAUACGGGUACUAUGCCGAUCAAGGACACGAUUGCCAAGUCUUCCACAUCUGUAUGCCGGUCAAAACUGUCACUGGAAGAAUUCUUGAUACUUUCCAGUUCAGCUUCUUCUGUCCAAACCAAACUCGCUUCAGUCAAGACUCUCGCACUUGUAUCAGUGAGGAACAGGCUUACCCGUGUCACAAAGCACACACCUUGUACGACCUGAACAAGGCCAUAGGAAAACGCCCAUUGAAGAAGAGACCUGUUGGAACACAGACAGCUGGGGCUACCCACAGGUUUAGCUCGUCUUCCUCUUCAUCUGAUUCGCAAAGCACUUCAUCUACAGAGGACAGCAGUUUUACGUCGUCCUCCAACCACCAAUCAUCUGACAAUGCCCUGCUUGUGGAAGACUCUGUUACACCAGUGCAUAUUAACUCAAAUCUGAAUAUUGGGGCUUCAGUCGUACCUGCUUCUCACUCUACAAGCUCUUCUGGCUUUUCUAGGUCAUCCAGUCAAAGUAGGCUGACUGGUGGACAAUCUUCAUUUAAUACUAGGUUAUCCGGUAAUGCUCAAAGUCAGGCUACAGUUUCUUCAAACACUGGUAGUUCACAUGUGGAGCACAAGGAAAACACAGGGCAGUCCAGUAACUCGAGAGAUUUCACUCACUUAUCAGUUAACUCUGACCUCACUGAACCUAUUAUACCACCAGGAUCACAAGUACUUUCUACUGUAUCUAUAAAUCGCCAAAAUGCACUUAUCCAGAAAUUGGAAAAAGAUCAGGAAUCAUCGAUAAAGGAUACAGACUCUGCCACACAGGGCCAUGCAGGAGCACAACAGUCAAAUACAGCAUCAUUUUCUCACUCCAACAUUAACAAUAGACGAACAUCUACUUCAGGCAAUUUUGCUUCUACUUCUGUGACUUCUAAUAAUCAGGGGUCUAGUCCUGUAUCAAGCAACACUCAAAAUGUAUCUCCAAACUUCAGGCCAUUAACAGUAAAGGGGACACAAAAUACAAAUUCAGCCAGUCUUAUCAAUACACAAAGACAAACUACUCGAGUGAGGACAGAGCAAGGUAGUGCUGGACUCUCAACUUCCCUCACAAUCCCAGGGUUCUCAUCUGGAAUUGUCAGGGUUGAUGGAGAAACCGUAGCCAACAGUGGUUCAGAUGCUGCUCAUGCUGACCAAAAUUUGGAUGAUAUUGAUAUCUCAACUGAGGAUUAUGAAACUGAAGAUGAAUACAUUACUACUGAAACCCCUUCAUUGGCAUCAGGAAACUUUGCAAAUUCUGCAUUUGGUUUAGCUUUCACCAAGGGAUCUACAGGUUCAGGAUUACGUGGGUCAUCCUUAACUGUAAACAGUCAAAGAAAUAAUGCAGCUGGUUUUGGCUCAUCCUCCAGCUUCCAAGGGGCUUCUAAUGUGCAAGGCUCUAGUGCAGGAACUAUAUCUUCGAGUGUAUCUGGUAACCAGGGGUCUAGGGUAAAUACAGGGUUCAGUGGUACAACUGUGUCUGGCACACAGGGAUCUGUUAGAACUUCUGUAUCUAACACUCAAGGAUCUAGAGUAACUAACUCUCAAGGACCUAGGGGAACAGUGAGAUUUAGUGGUGUAUCAACAUCAAAUGCACAAGGAUCUAGGGGAACUUCAACAUUUAGUGGAGCAUCUGCUGGCACUCUGGGAUCUACCAGUUCAUCAGGAUCUAGUGGAGUAACUGCUUCUAACACCCAAGCAUCAAGAGGAACAGGAUUUGGUGCAACAUCUGUAUCAAGUGCUCAGGGAGCCAUUAGAACUACUGUAUCCAAUGUACAAGGAUCUCGAGGAGCAUCUUCUGGAACUGCAACCAAUAUCCGAGGAUCUCAAGGAACAGCAGGAUUCAAUGGAGCAUCUGUUUCUGGCACACAAGCUUCUAGGGGAACAGCAGGAGCCAGUGGAGCAUUUGUAUCAGCUGCACAGGGAUCUGCAGGAACUUCGGUAACCAGUGCCCAAGGAUCUUCAGGAACAUCCACAACCAGCUUCCAAGGAUCUAGAGGAACAGUAGGAUUCAAUGGAGUAUCUGGAUCUAAUACCCAAGGAUCUAGAGGAACAGUAGGAUUCAAUGGAGUAUCUGGAUCUAAUACCCAAGGAUCAAGAGGAACAGUAGGGAGGAUUCAAUGGAGUAGAUCUAGAGGAACAGGAUUUGUUAGUGGAUCAACAUCUAGCACACUAGGAUCUACCAGCUCAUCAGGAUUUAGUGGAGUAUCUGCAUCUAACACCCAGGCAUCAGGGGGAACAGGAGGAUCCACUGGAGCAUCUGUGUCUAAUGCACAGGGAGCUGUUAGAACUACUGUAUCCAAUAUACAGGGAUCUCGGGAAGCAUCCACUGGAACAACCACAACCAAUAUCCAAGGGUCCCGAGGAACAGCAGAAUUCAGUGGUGCAUCUGUAUCUAACAUUCAAGGAUCACAAGUGGGUGGAGUAUCUGUUUCCGGCACACAGGCAUCUAGGGGAACAGCAGGAGCCAGUGGAGCAUUCGUAUCAACCAAACAGGAAUCUAGCAGAACUUCAGUAGCCAAUGCCCAAGGAUCUUCAGGGGCAGUAGGAUUAAAUGGUGUAUCAGAAUCUAAUGUGCAAGGAUCUAGAGGAACUGCAGGAUUUAGUGGGGCAUCAGCAUCUGGCACACUGGGAUCUACCAGUUUAUCCUCAAACGCUCAGGCUUCUAGGGGAACAGUGGGUUCCAGUGGAGCCUCUGUGUCUGAUGCACAGGGAGCUGUUAAAAUAACUGCCUCAAAUGUACAAGGAACAAGGGGAACAUCUGGAACAGCUGCAAACAGCUUCCAAGGAUCCCAAAAAACAGGAAGCUUUAACAGGGUAUCCAUAUCUAACACCCAAGGUUCUAGCGUAACUGCAGGAUCAAACGGAGCAUCUGCAUCUAGCACUCUGGGAUCUAACAGCUUUUCAGGGAUAAGUAGAGGAUCUACAUCUAACACUCAAGCAUCUAGGGGAACAACGGGAGCCAGUGGAGCAUCUUUGUCUAGUACACAGGGAUCUAUUAGAACUGUAUCAAAUGCACAAGGAUCUACAGGGGCAUCCACCAGCUUCCAAGGAUCUAGAGGAACUGCUGGCUUCAAUGGAGCAUUCACAUCCAACACCCAAGGAACUAGAGGAACUACAGGAUUUAGUGGAGCAUCUGUCUCUGGCACAUCAGGAUCUACCAGUUCAUCAAACCUGAGUGCGGGAUCCAGAGGAGCUUCUGUGUCUAAUGCACAGGGAGCUAUCAGAACUACAGCAUCUAAUGUACAAGGAUCCAGGGGAACUGCAGGGUUUAGUGGAGCCUCUACAUCUGGCUCACUAGGAUCUACUGGUUCCUCAGGAAUAAGGGGAGCAUCUUUUGUUAGCACUCAGGCAUCCAGGGGAACAGUAGGAAUUACAGGAACAACUGUUAACAUACAAGGAUCUAGAGGAACCUCUACAUUCAGUGGAGCCUCCAUAUUGAACACUCAGGGUUCCAGAGGAACUGCAUCUGCAUCUGAUGCACAAGGAAAUGGAGUUUCUGCUUCUAAUGCCCAACUAUCUAGGGGAACAGCAGGAGUUAGUGGAGUAUCUGUAUCUAAUACACAAGGAUCUAGCGGGGUAUCCACCGGUUCAUCUACAGUCAACUUGCAAGCAACCAAUACCCAGGGAACAUCACGUGUUAAUGGCAUACUUGUGUCAAAUACACAAGGGUCAGAGGCAAAUUCUCAAAGUAAUCAAGGGGUUCAAGUUUCUAGUAAUGCAGCAGUAUCAACUACCACAUUUGGAUCAAGGGGCUCACCUAAUAUAGGUGUUGCUUCUCAGUCAAUAAAUAAGAAUGCAGGAUCACGGGUAACAACUCUAUUAGUAAGCAAUGAAGGAGAAAAGUCUUCCUCAAAGCUCAGAAGUUCCACAGAAAGUCAAGGAUUGACAAGCUCAACUGCUCAACACCAAUCUGAAUCACAAGGGUCUGGAGCUGGGUCAGGAGUGCAUGGAUCAACAUCUUCAGGAACUAGGGGCUCUAUAGCUUCUGAAGUACAUGGCUCAGUUGCCACAGUUCAAGGGUCAGUAUCUACAGGCAUCCAGGGGUCAGUUGCAGGAUCACAGGGGUCAGUAUUGGUAAGAGGCCAUGGGUCAACCAACUCUGAUGUCCAUGAGUCGAGCUCCUCAGCAGUUCAUGGAUCUGCUUCAUCAAGUCGUCAAGAGUCAGCAUCGAGUGUCGUCAGCUUCUUCAGGUCCGUGGGUCAGCUUCUUCAGGUGUCCGUGGCUCAGCUUCUUCAUGUCAGCUUCUUCAGGUGUCCGUGGGUCAGUCAGUCAGCUUCUUUAGAUGUCCGUGGGUCAGCUUCUUCAGGUGUCCGUGGAUCAGCUUCUUCAGGUGUCCGUGGGUCAGCUUCUUCAGGUGUCCGUGGGUCGGCUUCUUCAGGUGUCCGUGGGUCGGCUUCUUCAGGUGUCCGUGGGUCAGCUUCUUCAGGUGCUCAAGGGACAGGAUCUUCAAGUGGAACAGCAUCCUUCUCUGCAUCGGGAGCAAGAGGAUCCGAGUUGUCUGGUGUACGAGGUACUCAGUCAUCAUCCACUGUUUCAAAUAGUCAAGGAUCCAGAUCAUCCUCACAUGUUACUAGGAACAGAGGAAAGAAGAAGUUCCAACCUAGCACCUACCUCUUGCAGGGAUCCUUGUGGAACACUGGAAAUACUCAAACCUCUGUCAGGCAAAGCUCGGCUGCUUCUAUUCCAAGGGGAAAUCGCAGGUUUCGUACAUCAAGUGGACGCCACAGUUCUUCAUCAGGGAACAGGAUUUCUGUAAACAAUGAAGUAAGCAAGGUAGAAUCUGUAAAGGACUCAUCAGUAAGUUCCUCAUCCUUUGGCACUCAGACUUCUAGGGGAACAGUAGGAUCCAGUGGAGUAUCUGUGUCUGGUGCACAGGGAGCUGUUAGAACAAACCCUCAGAGUUCUAGGAUAUCUUCAAACUUAGCAAGUAACACAAGAUCACAAUCAAGCACCCAGAUUUCAAAUGGCUCCAUCAGGUCUAGUGUUUCAACAAGUUCUGCUAACUUGCAGAGCUCUACAACCCCACAUACUGUUGUGGAUGCACUAGCAACUGGCCAGAGAUUUCGUGGAUCAUCACUAUCCCAAGGUACAUCAAGUUUAGUAACAAACACCCGGAAUUCUGGAUCAUCAAGGAAUCAGCUAUCUUCAAAUUCAUUUACAGUGCAUGGAUCAACUCAAGUACAAAACAGCCGAAUUCCAAACACUGUUGCUGUUGAUAUAGAGAAAAACCAAGCCUCUUCUCAAGGUGAUGAAAUUAGUGAGAUUGAUUUGGUAACUACUACUGAGAACUAUGACUAUGAAGUCAGUACAGAAUAUGAACUGGCAACUGAAUCAAUUUUUGAGGAUUAUGAAACUGAGAGUACAGAGGCCCCAGUACAGACUGUAUCCACUAAUUCUCGUAGGAACCAGGCAAGAGCCUUUGGUUCCCGCGGUAACUUCUUUUCAAGUAAUUCUUUAAACUCUGCCCGCAACACUAGGCCCUCAAUAAGGAACCAAGUCACACCAGCACCUGUUGUGAAGCAGGCUACUUCUACUGAGGCUUCCAUAACAAAUUCUCAGGUAUCAAAACCAACAACACCAACCUUUAAUACCAGAACUUCUCCUUUGAGUGGCCCAAGAAUAACAACAACAGCACCUCUGAUAAAUAACUCAUUCAGAAGAACCUCAAGCCGUCAACGUUUAACCAGUAGGAAUAAUUUAGCUACUAAUUCUCAAACUGCUACAGAAUCAGAGGCCAGUGUUCAAGAAAACAGUGAAGAGUCUUUUGAUGGCCUUCGAGUGUUUGAAGUUUCUGAAGGAAGCCAAAAUUCACAAAAUUCACAAGUGAAUGGAAGAACAGUGAUCAAAAAGAAGAUUAUCAUUAAUGGCAGACCAGGAUCACGAAGAACUAAAACAAAUAACCAGGCAAGUGUAAGUGCUCAACAGGAAACAACAGACACUGCUUUUGAAAAUAAUCAGUCUUCUAACAACAGGGAAACGCUUAGAGCUUCAUCUGUCUCCAAUGCCCAGACAAGGAGUCAGAGUGCUAGAGUUUCCUCCGGAUCUAGCAGGCUAUCAGGAAGGCAAGGAUCAAGGUCAUCAGUAAGGCAAGGAUCAAGGUCACGGGGAUCAUCCCGUGCAAGCUCUGUUUCCAAUCAAGAAUCAACAUCAACUUCUGACAGCCAAACAGAGGAAGAAAAGAAACGCAUUCGGGCAUUAGAAGCUCUUAAUAAAUUUAACCCUGGGCUUGGGAAUUCACAGUUGUUGUCGGUAAGGUUUAUCCCAAAUAAAAAAGCGGAAACAACCAAAACAACUAGUAAUGACAGUGGAUCACGUGGUUCAACAAGAUUUACCUCACGUCGUCGUGGACCAGCAGCACCAUCUACUAGUCAGGAAGCCGUCACAACAACAUCAGCACCAAGCCCACAAGAGGCUACUCUGGAUUCAGAAAGUGACGCAAAAAGGCAAAGGGCUCUAGCAGCAUUACGUAAUUUUAAUCCAGGCGCCGGCAAUGCUAAGCUACUAUCUGUAAAGUUUAUUCCAAAUACAAAUAAAAAUGGUCAAGACAAAGCAUCUACUAACCAACAAUCAAGUGUCCGUAGCUCCUCCAGAUCUUUUGAGAGUCGCAGCCGAGGUAAUUCCAGGCUAUCCAAUACCAUUACAACCACAACGACUCCUCAGCCCCUCACAACGACUACUGCUCCCCUUCGAAGACUCACAACAAACAACAGAAGAGUUGUUGUCCGUAAGAGGGUCGAAAAUCAGGAAAGAGACAGUUCUGCCUCUGAGGAUUCCAACGACUCCACAACACUUUCCACAUCUUUGAACAACAGAAGAAGAGGUAGUACGAGAUUCAGGAAUUCAGGCAAUUCCCGCAGACGGGUUAUCACAAGAGUUACCCCCGUUUCUGAUAGGGGCCAACAGGCUGAAGAUGAAAACGCCAGCUCUCAGGAAAGAACAUCUAAUUCAUUCUCUUCAUCCUCAUCCUCAUUCAACACACAGUCAGCAAGCUCUUCUAAAAUAGAAUCUGCAGGGAGUUCAGAACCCUCCCAGAUCACAGACAUUCCCUCAGGCUUGAACCUCCGGGUUGUCGGGACGAGCAUCAAGUCAAGCGUUUCAACUGUAUCGGGAACAAAUACAGGCAAUGAAAAUGUUGCACGUUCCUCUUCGUUCUCCCAGAGUAAUGGAUCUUCAAGAUUUUCCUCCACCUCGAAUAUAUCCAGAGGUUCGACGAAGGAAUCCAGUGAACCUUUAACCGAUCUGGAACUAGAGGCUCUCUCAGCUCUGGCUCAAGUCAAUACGGGGAUUGGAUCCAAUGACCAGAUCACAAGAACUAACACUAGAAGUACAUUUCGAUCGAGGUCUAGAUCUUCGUUUUCUAGAUCGAGAAAUUAGUUUGUAAUUACAAUGAUAUUCCUUUUGCCAUAUAUCUUAUCUCUUGCAUUUAAUAGUUUUUUUUUAAGAUUUGAAUGAUUAUAUCAUUCGCUUGUCAUGGCCAUCGUUUUAUACAAGAAACAAGUGAAAUGCUAUAAGAUAACAUGAUUUAUACGUUAUGUAUUAACAUUAGCAUUGUAUUGUUGAUAUAUAUCUCUCUGCAUUGUAUAAUAUUUGACAGUAUUAAAACAUUUGCCAUAAAA